AUGUACGGUGAAAAGUACGUGAAACUCUAUGGUAUCAGACUGGAAUCGCUGUACGAGAAAGGAAAAUAUCGAAAUUUGGUACUCAAUCAUAUUUUGGAAAAGCGUCUUCCCUCCAGUCAAUGGCGUGCGGAUUUAUUAGUGGAUUCAAAAUUGCCCGGGCAUAAAUUGCGAAUCAACAAAUAUUCUAAUGGGAUCGAAACUGUAAAUUGUGAAGAUGUCAUACGCAAAAAUCAACAUGCAACCAAUGGCGUGGUACAUGUAAUAGACGGUGUACUGAAUCCGAAUUUAUUCAAGAACGAAGACCUAAUGGAAAUCAUAGAGGAAGAUGGAAGAUUCUCGGUACUAGCAGAAAGUUUGCAAAAGAGCGAUUUGAUUAAACGUAUUCGCAAUAGUGAAAUACCUCAUACAAUUUUCGCACCGAGUGAUGAAGCUUUUCAAAAAAUACCUAGAACUAGGCUUAACAAGAUUUUGGAUGAUAAGGAGACACUGGAAGCUCUCCUGGCGAAUCAUAUCGUCGCUCAUCCAGUGUGUUUGCCGGGUGUAAUUUCGGAGCAUCGUGUGAAAUCACUGGGACCCCAUAAACUCACUCUUAAUUGUACUUCUCGUGGUCCCACGAUUGAACGUAGGAGAUUGCACCAAGAUUUGCUGCAUGGGAAAAACGGAUUGGUCUACAUGGUUGAUGACGUAUUGUUUCCGGAUAGAGCUAAAACCGUAUUGGAAUUGCUCCAGGAUGAGAAACUCUAUCUAUUUUCACAGUUGAUUCAAAAAGCUGACUUGAACGAGGUACUUAGUAACUUAGAAUCAUACACGCUAUUUGCUCCGUCCGAAGCAGCUAUGUAUUCAAUACCCGAAAGGGAAUUCGAGGAACUGGUAAGCAACCAAGACAGUGCGAGACGAUUCGUACUGAAUCACGCAGUUCUUGGUAGAUAUACGACUGAUGCAGUCAGUGCUAAUCAAAUAGUGACUUCCUUGGAUGAAACAACACCACUGCGAUUUGAAGUUUAUCGAGGUAGCGUGGGUAUAGAGGAUGCACUGAUUGAGAAAGCUGAUAGGGAAGGCAGUGAUGGAGUUUUGCAUAUAAUCAGUAAAGUUCUUUAUCCAACUACUAAUUCGUUGGAUGAUGCUUUGAGACAGAAUGGAAACUUCAGUAUUUGGUUGAGAGCUAUGGAUAAAAUGCGAGAAGUGGAACCCAGUACUUUUGAAGAACUUAAACGGCCCCAAUCCAGUUAUACGUAUUUCGUACCAUCGGAUGAAGCUUUUCGAAAAUUGGGAGAAGCUAGACUUCAAAAGAUUAUGGGCGACGGGAAAUAUUUGACGAAGGUGAACAAGGAUUAUUACAUUAGAACUAUACAAAAUCACGUCUCUGAGAAUAUGAUGGCGUCUGAAGGAUUCAAACCGGAUCUUCAUUAUGCCGUUAGAACAAAACAAACCACUGUCGACCUAGUGAAAAAAAAUGAUAAGAUAAAGGUAAAUGAUGCUACUCUCACAAAAUGCGAUAUCAUGAAUAUAAAUGGCGUAGCGCAUGGGAUUACUAAAGUCUUAUUGCCUGAUCAACAUUAUCAUUACGUAAAAAGGAAGCGUGGUGCAAGAAAAGCAAGAAGAAUUCCCUUAUAA